AUGGACAGCAGGGUGUGGGUUGCCUGCGUCCUCUGCUUGCUGGUUCCCUUGCCGAUCGUCCUGGGCCACGUGCCUCCAGAAUGUGACGUCAUCACUCAGCUGAGAGAGGAUGAGCAAGCAUGUCUACAAGCUGCCGAAGGGAUGCCCAACUCCACCUUGGGCUGCCCCAGAAUCUGGGAUGGGCUGCUCUGCUGGCCGACGGCGGGCUCCGGCGAGUGGGUGAGCCUCCCCUGCCCAGCUUUCUUCUCUCACUUCAGCUCGGAGCCAGGGGCGGUGAAGAGGGACUGCACCGUUGUAGGCUGGUCGGAGCCCUUCCCGCCUUAUCCCGAGGCCUGCCCUGUGCCCCUGGAGCUGCUGACUGAGGAGAAGUCCUACUUCUCCGUGGUGAGGAUCGUCUACACCAUGGGCCACAGCAUCUCGGCCGCGGCCCUCCUGGUGGCCAUCAUCAUCCUGGUUGCUUUCAGGAGGCUCCACUGCCCCAGGAACUACAUCCACACCCAGCUGUUCAUCACCUUUAUCCUCAAGGCGGGAGCUGUGUUCCUGAAGGACGCCACCCUCUUUCACCACGAGAACACGGACCACUGCAGCUUCUCCACUGUUCUGUGCAAGCUUUCUGUGGCCACCUCCCAUUUCGCUACCAUGACCAACUUCAGCUGGCUGCUGGCAGAAGCUGUGUACCUGACCUGCCUCUUAGCCUCCACAUUGCCCAGCACGAGGAGGGUCUUCUGGUGGCUGGUUCUCGCUGCCUGGGGGCUUCCUCUGCUCUUCACCGGCACGUGGGUGGGUUGCAAGUUGGCCUUUGAAGAUGUUGCGUGCUGGGACCUGGACGACAGCUCCCCCUACUGGUGGAUCAUCAAAGGACCCAUCGUCCUCUCUGUUGGGGUGAACUUUGGGCUUUUUCUCAAUAUUAUCCGUAUCCUGCUGAGGAAACUGGAGCCAACUCAGGGCAGCCUCCACACCCAGCCUCAGUACUGGCGUCUCUCUAAGUCAACGCUUCUCCUCAUUCCACUGUUUGGAAUUCACUAUGUCAUUUUCAACUUCCUGCCUGACAGUGCUGGCCUGGACAUCCGCCUCCCCCUAGAACUGGGACUGGGCUCUUUCCAGGGCUUCAUUGUUGCUAUCCUGUACUGCUUCCUCAACCAAGAGGUGAGGACUGAGAUCUCACGGAGAUGGCACGGCCACGAUCCUGAACUUCUGCCAGCCCGGAGGACUCAUAUCAAGGGGACGACGCCUCCACACUCGAGGGUGAAGGUGACUGUUCACGUGCCCUCACAUCCCCGGGCCAGGGAGCCUUUCACCGGGACACACUCCGGGGAGUGAAAGCUGUGCCAGGCCGGCCGAUGUGCCUUUUCUUAACGUGACAGAGUGGUUCCAGAUUGCGCUCCAGAACUGCCAGCGAGAUCUCCACUCCCACCAGCAGCUCCACCAACACUUGGCAUUACCCAGCUUUUCAAUGUUUGCAAGUCAAAUGGGUGUACGGUGACAUCUCCUUGUUUAAAU